AUGCCUCCGUUAGGCCCAAGAAGGCAGCCCUCCCGGAGGGGGUCAAUGGCCGACGUGCCGGAUGACCUCCUCGAUCAGAUCAAGGAGCUCGAGAAAAUAUUCUCCCUCGAAAAAGACAAGUUGAUCCAGGUCACGGAUCACUUCGUCAAAGAGCUGGACAAAGGCUUGAGUGUGGAGGGAGGCAGUAUCCCCAUGAAUCCAACAUGGGUAAUGGGCUUCCCAGAUGGCAAUGAAACAGGCACCUUCCUCGCCCUCGACAUGGGUGGGACCAACCUCCGUGUCUGCGAGGUCAUCCUCCUAGAAGAGAAGGGCGAAUACGACAUCAUCCAAUCCAAAUACCGGAUGCCCUCAGAGCUGCGAACAGGCGAAAGCGACGAACUUUGGGAAUACAUCGCCGACUGCAUCCAACAAUUCAUCGAGUACCAUCACGAAGUCGAGAACCUCGCCGAGCUUGACACCAUCCCUAUCGGCUUCACAUUCUCCUUCCCUGCAACGCAAGAGUAUAUCGAUCACGGCGUCCUCCAACGGUGGACCAAAGGCUUCGACAUCAAGGGCGUUGAAGGCCAAGACGUCGUCCCCCUCUUCGAAGCCGCCCUCGCCAAACGAAAACUCCCCGUCAAACUCUCCGCCCUCAUAAACGACACGACCGGCACCCUGAUCGCCUCCGCCUACACCGACAGCUCCAUGAAAAUCGGCUGCAUCUUCGGCACCGGCUGCAACGCUGCCUACAUGGAAAAUUGCGGUUCCGUCCCUAAGAUUACGGACUACAACCUCCCCCCGGACAUGCCCAUAGCCAUCAACUGCGAAUACGGCGCCUUCGACAACGAGAACGUCGUCCUCCCUCGCACCAAGUACGAUGUGAUCAUCGACAACGACUCCCCGCGACCAGGCCAGCAAGCCUUCGAGAAAAUGAUCGCAGGCCUAUACCUUGGUGAGAUCUUCCGCCUCGUCCUCGUCGACAUCCACGACAACAAAAAUUGCAACUUCUUCUCCGGCCAGGACAUCAGCAAGCUCCGCGACGCCUACACCCUCGACGCCUCAUUCCUCUCGGACAUCGAGAACGAUCCUUUCGAGAAUCUGCAGGAGACAGGAGACAUAUUCAAGCAAGAACUAGGCAUCACUGCCCAAAAACCCGAAUUGGAAUUGAUACGCCGCCUAGCUGAACUGAUCGGCACCAGAGCGGCCCGACUGUCUGCGUGCGGGCCAGCGGCCAUUUGCAAGAAAAAGAACAUCACUACCUGCCACGUCGGCGCGGAUGGAAGCGUGUUCAACAAAUAUCCGCAUUUCAAGGCCCGGGGCGCAGUGGCGCUAAGGGAGAUCUUAGGCUGGGAGAAGGGGCAGAAAGAUAUGGUGAAUAUUGUCAGUGCAGAGGACGGCAGUGGUGUUGGUGCUGCACUCAUCGCGGCUUUGACGAUAAAGAGAGUCAAGGAGGGGAAUCUUGCGGGGAUCAAGAACGCGGAACGGCAGGCUUGA